AUGAGUGGUGUGAACGAUAUUAAAAGCAAGCUAACUGUGAACCGAAACGACAUUUGGUUGCUGGUGCUGUCGGUUUUUGUGCCUCCUGUACCAGUGCUGAUUAGAAAAGGCUUCUUCAGUAGAGACUUUUUGUUGAACUUGCUGCUUUUCAUAACGUUUGUUAUUCCAGCAAUUGCCCAUGCAGCCUUUGUGGUCGUCGAGACAAGCGAAGAAAGGAACAGAGAUUUUGCUCUGGUGCCAUCGCACGAUGGCCAAGAGGAAGCUACUGGUCCUAGUAACGGGGACUUCAACGUGGAUCUGGAGGCCAACAGCCAGAGCCACGACUUACCUGAGUACGAUGACGUAGUGACAGCUCCCGUGGCUGCCACCGACAACAAGGUUCAAAAAUAG